AUGGCGAACGAGGAGAUGGAAGACGAAUUUGUUCCAGUACAUGGCCUUACGAAGCUUACGAAGGAAGAAGAAGACUUGAUCCUAGCGGCGCUUUCCACGGCCGUUGACGAGGAUGAUGAUAUGCCAUGGGUCAAGCCAAAGAUCGUACCCUGGACUGGAGACAUUGACGGCAAUAUGGAUGACUUGUAUCGGUUGUAUAGGGAUAUGCGCGACAAUGCAGACGAAGAAACGCCAGACUUUUUCUUUUUCAUUGAUCGUCAAUGCCUCGAUGAAAAGAAGGUUAUUGUCGCCCAUCCAGACCAUUACACUCUUCUUUAUGCCCCCAGCAACACGGAGGACUUGAAUGAGAUUCUCAAGACGCAUGGUUCAAAGAUACCAGAAAUGAAUGAGGGGAUUGUGGAUAAAGUUAUGGAGGAGCUUUUGGAGAGGGCGUUGACUUACGGGCGGAUACCAGCACAUGCAUUCCGUGGCACGUGGGCUAAUCUCGAUCUUGCAAAUAUGGGUUUGUCUGAGAUUGUUGAGUUUCAUGAAGUUGGACAAGUCGAGCUAUACUACAACCCAGAUUGGAAUGUCAAGAACUUCAUCGAAAAAGCAGAGAUAGCGAAUGCAGAACUGGAGGAAGCAGAGAAGCAGAAGGCAAGCAAGAAGAACCCACCGCAGUAG